CCCCCACCCACCGCAGCCCCUUCUGUUGUUGUCGUCCUCCCGCUAACAUGCGAGGUCCGCACAGGCGACAGGAACACAUUCCGCCCCGAGUUCCCCUCCGCCGGCGGCCUGCUGGUCCGGAGAUGAGUGCAAGAUGUCCGUGUCGGGGCUGAAGGCCGAAUUGAAGUUUCUGGAGUCAAUCUUUCACCCAAAGCACCAAAGGUUCCGCAUCCUAGACUGGAAGCUGGACGAGCUGAAUUGUCAGUUCAACGUCGGCGGGGAGACGCGGCUCAUCCUCCACUGCAACAUCACGGAGUCUUAUCCCUCAACACCCCCAAUAUGGUUUGUAGACUCCGAUGAUCCAAGUCUGGCAGAAGUGUUGGAGCGCUUAGAAGAUGUCCGCAAAGGCAGCACGUUUCUUCUUCAGCAGUUAAAGCGUCUCAUUUGUGACCUCUGCCGGCUUUACAACCUGCCUCAGCAUCCAGAUGCAGAGAUGCUCGACCAGCCUCUACCUGCUGGCCCCAUUAUUCAAGAACCAAAACACGGGCCAUCUGAUGAGGUGACGUCUGAGGAGGAAGAAGAGGAAGAAAUGGGAGAGCAGGACAUUGACCUGGACCAAGACUUGGACCAUUACGACAUGAAAGAAGAAGAGCCGGUAGAAGGCAAAAAGUCAGAAGAUGACGGAAUCGAAAAAGAAAAUCUUGCCAUCUUGGAGAAGAUUCGUAAAAACCAGAGACAGGACCACUUAAAUUUUUGCAUUUUUCAGGGCGCAGUUUCUGGCUCUGUGCAGGCCUCGGACCGCCUCAUGAAGGAACUCAGGGAGAUCUACAGAUCACAGAGUUACAAGACAGGUAUUUAUUCAGUGGAACUAGUCAACGACAGCCUUUAUGAUUGGCAUGUCAAGCUAAGGACGGUCGACCCAGAUAGUCUGCUGCACAGUGAUUUGCAGGUCUUAAAAGAAAAGGAAGGGGUGGACUACAUUUUGCUCAAUUUGUCUUAUAAAGAUAAUUUUCCUUUUGACCCACCUUUUGUGCGAGUUGUCUGUCCUGUGCUCUCUGGAGGUUAUGUUCUUGGAGGAGGAGCAUUGUGUAUGGAACUUCUCACAAAACAGGGGUGGAGCAGUGCCUAUUCCAUAGAAUCUGUCAUCAUGCAGAUCAAUGCAACUCUAGUGAAAGGAAAGGCCAGGGUUCAGUUUGGGGCCAAUAAGAACCAGUACAAUCUGGCCCGAGCACAACAGUCAUACAAGUCCCUUGUGCAGAUUCAUGAAAAGAACGGCUGGUACACGCCCCCUAAAGAGGACGGAUGAGGGAAGCUGACUACUAUGCACUGGGAACAUGAAGCAAAGUGUCUCAGUUUCUUUGGACUAUUUCCCCGUCGGACUUGUUGGGAGUGCAGAGCUGCUCGGUUGCUUCACCUGACAAGUAUCCUUCGUAUGAUGUGAGGCUGUUCCUUGUCCUCUUCAUAUAUCUUCCAUUGUCUGCUCUCCACUUCCAACGUGGAGAAAAUGUUUCUCCUUCAGCUGCUUUGACAAAAUGGACUUUAAACGGGAACUCUGAAAGCCGUACCAGAGCCUUCAAAAAUGGCACGACGCCUCACCUGUUUUUAUUGAGCUUUUUUUUAAUUAUUAUUAUUAUUAACAGGUACAAAUAUUGUUCUAGCAAAUGUUUUUUUUAUUAUAUUAUGAGAAUCCUAGACAAUAAAUGAGCCAGUUGUCAUAGCUUGGAGGCUUCUGUUCAAAAGGAAA